AUGUCAGAGAACGCAGAGCCCCCCGUUGUCGCCGUCAUGACCAACGGAACACUCAAUGGCGUCAAUGGCGACCACCCGCCGCGCCCAAGAACACCGCAGCCCGCCGGAAUGUCCUUGACUGAGUACAGCGCCAACCCGUCCACGCCGCCAGAGGAGAGAAGGAGCCGCAUCAAGGGUGUUGUUCCCGAGGACUUUCUGCUGCCUGAUGGCCACCCAGACUACCUCCGAAUGAUCGCCGCCGCGACGUCCCGCGUCUACGAAGCCUGCAAGGUCACACCGCUCCAGCCCGCCGUCAAUCUCAGCAACCGACUCGAGUGCAAUGUUCUACUCAAGCGCGAGGACCAGCAGCCCGUCUUCAGCUUCAAGCUGCGCGGCGCCUACAACAAGAUGGCCCACCUCGACCCCGCCGUUAGCUGGAAGGGCGUCGUCUGUUGCUCCGCCGGUAACCACGCUCAGGGCGUCGCCUACUCGGCCCGCAAGCUCAAAAUUCCCGCGACCAUCGUCAUGCCCGAAGCCACACCUAGCAUCAAGCAUCUGAACGUUGCGCGCCUGGGCGGACACGUUGUCUUGCACGGUGCCGACUUCGAUGCCGCCAAGGAGGAGUGCGGCCGGAGAGCGGCGCAGGACGGCCUGAUCAACAUCCCGCCAUUUGACGACCCGUACGUCAUUGCGGGCCAGGGAACCAUUGGUAUGGAGCUGUUCGGCCAGAUCAACAUGUCCAAGCUCGAUGCCAUCUUUUGCUGUGUCGGAGGUGGUGGCCUCAUCUCCGGAAUUGGUGUCUACGUGAAGCGCAUGGCGCCCCACGUUAAGAUCAUUGGUGUUGAGACCUACGACGCCAACGCUCUGGUCCAGUCCUUGGCCAAGGGAGAGCGAGUGGUGUUGGACAGCGUCGGCCUCUUUGCAGACGGUGCCGCCGUCAAGACCGUCGGCGAGGAGACGUUCCGCCUCUGCAAGGACGUUGUGGAUGAGGUCAUCCAAGUCACCACGGACGAGGUCUGCGCUGCCAUCAAGGACAUGUACGACGACACUCGCGCCGGUCUCGAGCCCGCCGGCGCCCUUUCCAUUGCCGGCCUCAAGAAAUACGUCGCUCAGAACCCGAGCGAUCGCCGCAAGACCAUGGUGGCUGUCACCUCUGGCGCCAACAUGAACUUUGACAGGCUGCGUUUCGUCGCUGAGCGCGCCACCCUUGGUGAGGGUAAGGAGGCCCUGCUGGCGGUCAGCAUUCCCGAGAAGCCCGGUGCCUUCUCCAACCUCAUCACCAGCAUCAUGCCCCACUCCGUGACCGAGUUCUCAUACCGCUACGCGACCGACGAAGUCGCCAAUGUUCUUAUUGGUAUCUCCCUGACAGCCCCUGCACCGCAAAGAACGCAGGAGCUGCAGAUGCUCUUGGAGCGCAUUCGGUCGCACGACAUGUCGGUGACGGAUCUCUCGGGCGACGAGCUCGCCAAGAGCCACAUCCGGUACCUCGUCGGUGGUCGCUCCAACGUGCCCAACGAGCGCCUGUACAUGUUCAACUUCCCUGAGCGGCCCGGCGCUUUGGAGAAAUUCCUCAUGACCCUGCGUCCCAAGUUCAAUAUUAGUCUGUUUAACUACCGUAACUACGGUGGUGACACGGGUAAGAUCUUGGCGGGUAUUCUCUGCCCCGACAACGAGGUUGAUCAAUUGGAGACGUUCUUGACUGAGAUUGGAUACCCGUGGGAGGACUGCACCCAGUCGGCCAAAACGGAACAUUGGGAAAUAUCACGCAUGCUGGUGCAACCUUGGGAAGAAGAAAAGCCGCCUCUUUACUUCGCUGCGCGCAACCUUCAAAAUAAUGUCAUCCCAUCGUCGAUGCCUUUUCAUCCGAUACCGCAGCUGAGCGAUAAGACCGUCGAAAAUGCUCCAACUGAGGCCAUCCAGGCCCCCUUCAACACCAGAGCAGUCGGCAUCGCGAAGCUCCACGCCUCACCACGAAAUACGGACCUCAGCCUAAGCUCCCGACUUCCACCGUGUCCGACCUUUCCUCUCACAACCCGCCCGACGACACAUCGACCAGGAAAAUCGAGAAAAGACUACACAAUGGCUUCUUCCCUCGCCGCCUCCCUCAGGGCCCUGACCCUCAGCACCGCCCGCGCAACAAUCCCCCGCGCCGUCAGCUCCGCUGCCACAACCACGGCGACGCGCGCCCUCUCGACGGCGAUCCUGACGAAGCAGCCGGCGCAAAAGAGCGAGUCGAUGCUCGCGCAGGUCGGAAAGAGCGCCUCGGGCGUGGUGAAUGCCUUGGUGCAGCAGACGAGGGGGAUGAAGGUGCACAGCUCCGUCAAGAAGAGGUUGAUUCGGGGAGGUGGAAUUGAGGAUAUCCGGAUGGACGACCAGAGGAGGAUUCGCAUUGUGAAGCUGAGCUUUGGCAUGGACAUUUUGCUAACUUCAUGCGCCACAGAUUGCGAACCCCAGACACAAGCAACGCCAAUCUUGAGAGAUUCUUCGGUUCUGGGUUCAGAGAGGGAGACUAUCAACGAAGUGGUGUGUAUGAAAACCUUGUACCAUACAGAGAGGAGGGACCGGGGAAGCUCAGAGAAAUGGGGCAUCGGGCGAGCGACAGCACGUGAGGAUGUUGCGACUGUAGACAAGUUUUGA